CCCUCGGGUACGAUCCGCCCCUGUCCUCCCCUCGGGCCUCUGGAGGAGGAUGGCGACAGCGGCCGCCCCGACCCAGCUGGAAGCCGAGCUCUACUACCUGAUCGCCCGGUUUCUGCAGUCCGGACCCUGCAGGAAAUCCGCCCAGGUGCUGGUGGAGGAGCUGGAGGCGCACCAGCUGAUCCCCCGCCGCCUGGACUGGCAGGGCAAGGAGCACCGGAGGAGCUUCGAGGAUCUGGUGGCAGCCAAUACACACAUCCCUCCAGACUAUCUUCUGAAAAUCUGUGAGAGAAUUGGACCCCUCUUAGACAAAGAGAUCCCACAGAGUGUUCUUGGAGUGCAGACUUUACUAGGUGUAGGACGGCAAUCUUUGCUAAGGGCAGCAAAAGAUUGCAGGCAUACACUAUGGAAGGGAUCUGCAUUUGCAGCUCUUCACAGAGGCCGUCCUCCUGAACUACCUGUAAAUUAUGGGAAGCCACCAAAUGUGGUAAAUAUAAUCUCUGCCAAGCAAUUAACUGGAUAUGGGCGCUUCAACCAUUUAUUCCCAUCAUCCAACUAUCAACAUAUGAAGAUGCACAAGAGGAUUCUGGGGCACUUAUCAUCAGUAUAUUGUGUGGCAUUUGACCGCAGUGGGAGACGAAUUUUCACAGGCUCAGAUGAUUGUUUGGUGAAAAUUUGGGCUACAGAUGAUGGUCGUCUGCUCUCAACGUUGCGAGGACACUCAGCUGAAAUUUCUGACAUGGCUGUUAACUAUGAAAACACACUGCUGGCUGCAGGCAGCUGUGAUAAGGUAGUUAGAGUAUGGUGUCUUCGAACCUGUGCACCAGUUGCAGUGCUGCAGGGCCAUUCUUCUUCCAUUACGUCCAUACAGUUUUCUCCAGCAAGAAAAGGAAUAACCCGAUACCUCACUUCUACUGGUGCUGAUGGAGCAAUCUGUUUCUGGCAGUGGCAUGCCAAUACAAUUAAAUUUAAGGAUCGCCCUGUGAAAUUUGCUGAGAGAUCCAGGCCUGGGGUUCAGAUAUCUUGUUCAUCUUUCAGCUCCGGUGGCAUGUUCAUUGCAACAGGUAGCACUGACCAUGUGAUAAGAAUAUAUUAUUUGGGCUCGGAAUCGCCAGAGAAAAUUGCUGAGUUAGAGUCCCAUACGGACAAAGUAGUUGCAGUUCAGUUCUGUAACAAUGGUGACAGUUUAAGAUUUGUCAGUGGGAGCAGAGAUGGAACAGCAAGAAUAUGGCAAUACCAGCAGCAGGAAUGGAAGAGUAUAGUCCUGGAUAUGGCUACUAAAAUGACAGGUAACAACUUGGUGUCUGGGGAGGACAAAGUAACUAAACUGAAGGUUACUAUGGUGGCUUGGGAUCGAUAUGAUACCACUGUCAUCACUGCGGUCAACAACUUCCUUUUGAAAGUAUGGAACUCGACCACAGGACAGCUUCUUCAUAGUUUAUCUGGCCAUGAUGAUGAAGUUUUUGUUUUGGAAGCACAUCCAUUUGACCAAAGGAUCAUGCUUUCUGCAGGUCAUGAUGGGAACAUUUUUGUUUGGGACCUUGAUAAAGGAACAAAAAUUCGCAAUUACUUUAACAUGAUUGAAGGCCAAGGCCAUGGUGCUGUUUUUGAUUGCAAAUUCUCACCAGAUGGACAGCAUUUUGCCUGCACAGACUCACAUGGGCAUCUGCUAUUAUUUGGUUUUGGAUGCAAUAAAUAUUAUGAAAAGAUUCCUGAUCAGAUGUUCUUCCAUACGGAUUAUCGACCACUGAUCCGUGAUGCUAAUAACUAUGUGCUGGAUGAACAGACCCAACAGGCUCCACAUCUCAUGCCUCCCCCAUUCCUGGUGGAUGUGGAUGGAAAUCCACAUCCCACAAGAUACCAACGUCUUGUACCAGGACGUGAAAAUUGUAAGGAUGAGCAACUUAUUCCUCAACUGGGAUAUGUGGCUAAUGGUGAUGGUGAAGUGAUUGAACAGGUGAUAGGGCAGCAAACGAAUGACCACGAUGAGAGUAUUCUGGAUGGAAUGAUUAGGGAGCUGCAGAGAGAACAAGAUCUGAGGAGAAUGAAUGAAGGAGAAGCUAUCCCAAACCCUCCAUACAGUAGAUCACACUCUAUUAAUGGUGCUCUUAGAAGUCCAGGUUUGGACUCCCCACCAAACGUUGGUCUCAGACGUAGUGGUCAGAUUGAGGGAGUCCGGCAAAUGCAUCUCAAUGCUCCUCGCAGUCAGAUAGCCACAGAGAGAGAUCUCAUGGCUUGGAGCAGAAGAGUAGUGGUGAAUGAGCUGCAUCCAGGGGUUAGCAGGGUUCAGGAAGAAUGCCGAGCUGCCAAAGGUGAUAUGGAAGUUAAUCUUUACACUGUUGAAAAGAAGAGAAAACCAUCCUACACUUUGCAAAGAAGCGAUUAUCAACCUGGGAGUGGACGAUCUUUGAGAAGAAACCAACGCAAACGCCAGCAUGCCUACCAAACACGCUCCACCAUUGAACACAAUCAGCAGGGAGCAAGUCAAAAUCCACGUACAAAGGAAGAAUCUGAAAGCUCCUCUGAGGAAGAUGAAACAGUUGGCACAAGUGAUGCCUCUGUGGACGACGCUGUAGCUGUGUGGCAAAGUGAAAGCAGUUCCAGUGAUUCUUCAAGUGAAUAUUCUGACUGGACAGCAGAUGCUGGAAUUAAUCUCCAGCCUCCAAAGAGACAAACCAGACAGGCGACUCGGAAGAUCUGUAGCAGCUCUGAAGAUGAAAACAUGAAGGAAACUAAAGGAUUGGAAGAGAAACGAAGGAAACCCAAACAGACUAGAAAAAAGAAACCAAGUGGAUUACUUUCAAUGGAAGGUGAACCCAGUGAAGAAUGGUUUGCACCCCAGUGGAUCUUGGAUACCAUACCACGUCGUUCACCCUUUGUCCCACAAAUGGGAGAUGAGAUUAUAUAUUUUAGGCAAGGCCAUGAGGCUUAUGUGCGGGCAGUAAGGAAGGCAAAAAUUUACAAUGUUAACAUGCAGAAACAACCUUGGAACAAAAUGGAACUCAGGGAACAAGAACUUGUGAAGACUGUAGGAAUUAAAUAUGAAGUCGGACCCCCUACACUUUGCUGCUUGAAGCUUGCCUUUCUAGAUCCAAUCUCAGGCAAAAUGACAGGAGACUCUUUUUCCAUUAAGUACCAUGAUAUGCCAGAUGUUAUUGAUUUCCUUGUGCUGCAUCAGUUUUAUAAUGAAGCCAAAGAAAGGAACUGGCAGAUUGGGGAUAGGUUUCGCAGUAUAAUAGAUGAUGCUUGGUGGUUUGGAAUGGUGGAGAGUCAGCAGCCUUUCCAGGCAGAAUAUCCUGAUAGUUCCUUCCAGUGCUACAGCGUUCACUGGGACAACAACGAAAGAGAAAAGAUGAGUCCAUGGGACAUGGAACCAGUUCCAGAAGGAACUGCUUAUCCAGACGAGGUUGGUGCUGGAGUUCCCGUGUCCCCAGAGGAACUGACAUCUCUGCUGUAUAAACCCCAAGAAGGAGAAUGGGGGGCCCAUUCCAGAGAUGAAGAAUGUGAACGAGUUAUUAGGGGAAUUGAUUAUCUUCUGACCCUUGAUAUUUCUAACCCCUUUGCUGUUCCAGUGGAUCUUAGUGCCUAUCCCAUGUAUUGCACUGUAGUUGCUUACCCAACUGACCUCACCACAAUCAGGAGGAGACUUGAAAACAGAUUUUAUAGGAGAAUCUCAGCAUUGAUGUGGGAGGUUCGAUACAUUGAGCAUAAUGCUAGGACUUUCAAUGAGCCAGACAGUCCUAUAGUUAAAGCAGCCAAAAUUGUAACGGAUGUCUUACUUCGCUAUAUUGGGGAUCAGAGUUGUAGUGAUAUAUUGGAUAUAUAUAAUAAAGUGAAAGCAGAAGAUCUAAGCAGUACUGAUGACGAGGAGGAGGUGGCAGAAGUAGAUGUAGAUUCAGAUGGGCCUGGAACUUCAUCUGGGAAAAGAAGAGUAAGACGACCAAUAAAAAGGCAGCCCUUCAAAGCAAGCCCUGAUGCUUGGAAAGAACAGUGCAAGCAGUUGUUAAGCCUAAUAUAUGAACGUGAGGACUCCGAGCCUUUUAGACAGCCAGUUGAUCUCUUCUCCUAUCCUGACUAUCGAGAUAUUGUAGAUACUCCAAUGGAUUUCAGCACUGUGAAAGAAACUUUGGAAGCAGGAAAUUACACCAAUCCUCUGGAAUUUUACAAGGACGUUCGCUUAAUAUUCUGCAACUCUAAAGCUUACACACCUAAUAAAAAGUCACGGAUCUAUAGCAUGACGCUUAGACUAUCUGCCUUAUUUGAAAAUCAUAUUAAAAACAUCAUCUCUGAAUACAAGUUGGCCAUGCAGUGUCAGAAGAGGAAUAGGCAACACUAUCGAAAACGACUAAGGAGCAGUAGUAGUUCGCCAUCUAGUAGCAGAGCAUCCAGCCCUAAAGGGAAACAGAAACAAGUGAAGGUGCAACCUAAAAUCAACCAGAAUACCUCACUGCCUUUGACUAGGACUAGCUCUUCAGUUUCAUCUCAUGUUUCAGAUACUACAGAGGAGGCUCUGGGUUCAGCCAUUGGUGAAGAAACUGAGGGCCAGCCAUCCUCAUCUGGGUUAAAUACACAGAACCGAAGUGGAAAUAACAUUGAUCCAGGGAAAAAUAGACUAGUCAGGAGUAAAUCCACACCAGUUAAACAAGAUCAGUCUCUUGAUGGACCACUUACAAAUGGUGAUAGCAGAGAGCCUCGGAUAGCAGUUAAGCGAAAGUUAGUAAGUGCCUCAGAAGAGGAGGAACACCUAGAGGAAGAGGAGAAGAAGAGAGAAUUAAAAGAAAAACCUGGUUUAUCUUCAUCAGAAAGUGGCGAGUCAGAAUCCAGUUCGAGCUCUGAAAGCAGAUGUGGCUCUGAUUCAGAUUCUGAAUCAACCUCUAGAACAGAUCAGGAUUACAUUGAUGGAGAUCAUGACUACAGUAAAGUUGUGCAAACUAAACCCAAAAGAAAAAUUAAAAGGAAAAUUGCUAGUGGGAAAAGAAACUGGCAGGGCAGAGGAACAGGGAGGAGAGGUAGAUGGGGCAGAUGGGGUAGAUGGAGCAGAGGGGGAAGAGGUGGCAGAGGAGGAAGAGGAGGCUGCGGCAGAGGAAGAAGAGGAGGCAGGGGAGGAAGAAGAGGCAGAGGAGGUAGAGGAGCUUCACGAGGAGCAACCAGAGCCAAACGUGCACGAAUGGCAGAUGAUGAAUUUGAGAAUCUGUUUGGCGGCCGAUUUGGCGAGAAUAUGUUUGGAGGACGAUUCAGUAGGCCACCACGAAUUAAAACAAGGAAUGAAGGCAGGAGAACUGUUUUAUAUAAUGACGAUUCAGAUAAUGACAACUUUGUGCAUACCGAGGAUCCUCUGAAUCUUGGUACUUCCAGAUCGGGCAGGGUGCGGAAAAUGACAGAAAAAGCCAGGGUCAGCCAUCUCAUGGGAUGGAAUUAUUGACAGAUAAACAUCUUUGAAAAAUUUCAAAUGAACUUCCAAGGCCUUCUACUGCAGGGAUUUUACCAGAAAAUCUACCAAGCAAGUUGUGGGGGGACUCCACUCACUUUCUACAGUGGUGCUUUCCAUUAUGCCAGUAAACAUUUGUUUUAAGACUUCAGAUUGCCACACUUCAUUGGUCAAAAACAGCCUUACCUAAUAGGCCUUAAAUUACAGAAAUUCUUCCCCACGCACUACAAGUUCAUUUUGUUUCAAGGAGCUUCCAGCUUCUCAAUAAUAGCAUGACCUUUUGAAUCAUGAUUAUGAAAUCUCUCCCUUCUUUUGUUUUUUUUGUAUUAUAGAAAUAGCACCUUCUUACAGAGUUUUUAUAUGGUUUGUCAUAAAUCCUUAUACACAGUAAUAAUUAUAACUUUUGCACAAUACACCAAUCCUAAAGGCAGCUAUAAAAUGUUUACCGUUUCUAUAUUGUAAGAAGGAUCUGGAUUAUUUUAAUCUUCCCAGGCCAAACUUUCAUGAAUUGUGCUGAACUGAAGUAUGUUUGUACUACAGUUUAGGAGGGUUUGAAAUGCUUUCUGUUGGUUUGUAAUUCGUGUAAAAAGUGAGAAAAGGGUUGGUGCCUUGUAAAUAUGUAGCAAACCUUUGAUGUGGUGUGUCCUAAUGUGUGCAUUAACUUUAUUAAAAAGAGAAUACUUGAGAAGUAUGAAUAUCUAGACAGAAGGUGCCAAAUGCAAAAGUUACUUGCAUCUAUUUUCUUUUUGUCGUCUCAUAUUUUUAUAACAUUGAUAGAGAUUGUGCAGCAAAGGGUUAAUGUCAACAUUUGAAAGGUUUCUCCUCUUCAAAGCAUAACAUGUCUUAAUAGUAGCUCAGCUACCUCUGUUUACAACUAGUGGAAACUUAAAAGAAAAUGUUAUUUUGCAGUGCUUAUUGAAGAAGAGGCAAGAAUGAGUAUAGCAGGGAUGGAAUUGCUCAGAUUGUGAAGUAACCAUUUCUUCAUCAUAUUGACACUCUGAAACAAACCUUAAUGUAGCCAUCUACGCUUUCACAAGCCUAAUAUACUUUUAGCAGAUGGUAAUUUGUUGGGCAAACAGCCAGUAGACACUCUCACAUUUCUGGUAUUGUUUAUUCAGUGAAAGUCUGUGUUCUGUUUUUAAUUUGAUUAUUGAAACAUUCAAAGAAACCUAAAUUGAGCUAUCGUGUCUCUACUGGCUACUCAUAUUUUUGUAUCAUUACUGAUAAGUUUCCAUUCAUAUCAUUGACAAGAGUCCUUGUAGCUCAAGCUUCCAGAAGAGAGUUCACAUUGUACUGUACUCUUAGCUUGUAAAUGUUGCAUUGAAAAAUAAUAACUUGCAGACUAAGGUAAUUCUGGCAGUAAUACAGUAUGCAAUGCUAUGAGGGAAAUGUAGGGUUAGGAGAUUACUCUGUAUCUUGCUCUUCAGACUGACUGACUGGCUGUGUUUUAAUUAAUUGUAACAUGCUUGUUCUUGUGGAGUGAGAAGGAGAGUUGCAGCCUUCUACUUUGUAGGGUCCAGUUAAGAUUUGUGGGACUCUGUCAUGUUACACCAAGGAAGAGACACCUAGCUGACAUCUCUAGCUGAGUUGAGCUAGUGAGUCAUUGAUUACAUAUGGAGAAAAAGGGAUGAGAGAGGAGGUUUGGAAAUUGAAAUAAAUGAGGGAUGCAAUUCUGAAAUUUCUUCCUCAGUGUGCAACUUUUAUCACUUUGUCAAUAAUUCUGGAAAACCUGGGCGGGGUGGGGGAAGGAAUAGUGAAGUGUAUAUUCUCAUACAUAAAUAGGUUUGGUUCUGGCCUUUUUUCUAUGACAAACAGCAGACUGAUCACUCUUUGCAACAGUUCUAGUCAGGUGAAAGAUAACUGGAACAAAUGCUGUGACGAUCAUCAGGCUUGGGAGUGGGGAGACGAAAGCAGUCUAAGUAGUAUAUGAUAAAGAUCUGAAUUUAUGGUACAGUAAAAAUCUCUCAAACUUUUUGUUACAGUCAUUGUCCUGAUUAUGCCAAAACUAAUUUCUGGGCAUGACUCAGAUGUUCCAUUUAACAAAGAAAUGGAUACAGAGGAUCUCCUAGCGCUGUAUUGGGCUUUAAAAUACAAAUGCCUGUCCUAUCAUUUCUUACAGUAUGUAUUCUUCCCUAGAGUUAUUGGUCCCCAUAUCUAUGUAAUCAGGAAAAGCAUGGAUAUGUCAGUUCCUAGACAUAACCAUAUACAUUCUAGAUCAAAGUUCUUUUCAACCAGUAUAAAUACUAAGAUUCCUAUGCUAAAGUCCUGAGAUUCUGAAGAAAUGCUAUUCAUAUGUUUCUGGCUGGCUGAAGCUGUAAUUAUUAAUUUAUUGGGGGGGAGGGGGAGGAAAAACAUGGAUUCCUGAAAAAAUCAUGAUUUCCUAAGUUUAAAUGUAUUUUUAGCAACAAUUAGAAUAAGAGUAAAUAUGUUCUUAAAUGUAUCUUUUAUAUGUAAUGAAGUACUGUGAAGAUAACAGUAAAACGGCACUUUGCUGUGGUGUAAGUAUUAAUCUAAAAUGUGUUGUGAUUAAGAGCCAGACAGCAGGGUGUGCUAGAACAACAGAUCUAUUACUUAUUGUAAAGAAUAUGAGGAUUUUUUAUUUUAUUUUAUUUUGUGCAUGAAAACCUUUUUAUAAGCCUGAAAGAAAUAACUUAUAUUUUUGAAUGCUAUUUUUACUUGAUUUCGUAUCUGGAUUUUUUUUUCCAAUUUAAAUAUUUGAUUUCUCUCGCAGCCUCAUUCUGUGGAUGAAUUAUAAUUUGUAAUAAGUUGGACACUUUUUUUUUUAACUCAUACGUUAAAUUCAAUUAGAAGCUACUUACUUAAAGCUGCAUAACGCUUGAUUUUACCCUGACAGCUGCAGCAGGAGCAAUGAAACAAGAAUAGCCCUUGCACCAAAAGGGUUGCAGCCCAGUCCUUCAGACCCCAAUCCAAAACUUCUGUGCCCAUGUAAUGCCUCAUUGAAAUCAAUGGGUUCCGUGCAGGCACAGAGCUCUGUCCACGCUGAGUUCAUUGCAGAAUCAUCAGCAUUGACUUUAUUCAUACAGUUUUAACCAAAAGUAACUUCUGUUUGUAUCUACUCUUUAACACUUGUGUAUGAAGGUGAAUUGAGCAUAUAUUUAAGAUACAAAUGGCUAACAACAUCCGUAGUCGGGCUGUAGAUUGCUGAUAUUUAGUUACUAUUUAAAUACCGGUGCUUCAAGACUUUCUCCAGGAAUAGGUAUGAAUGAAUGGUCUCACUCCCUAGUGUCAGCAGUUUGAGGGCAUCCCGUUACCAGGCUUAGGAAACAGGAUUGCAAAUAGAGCCACCAGUCAGCAGUUACAUGUGAUUUGUGGGUGUUGGAGGGUUCCUUUGGCCCCCACCACCAACACACUUUCAAGAGCAGGGAGCUGAAUGAACAUUUGUGUGUGUGUUUGAUUCUUGUGUGUUUUGAAUACUAGCUUACUACCUCUGGAGCACGCCCAGCUCCUGCAGGCCCAGGGUACACAAGCCCAAGCUUGGUCCUGAACACUGAUAUGCUGUAACUAGGCCUUCAGCCCAGUCCCACACUUCCAUUUUGCCUCCCCUUAUUUUGCAUGUCUCUGCUCCGUCCCCUUCUGGUUUUGUGGCUUUGUUCCAUCCCUUUUUCU